AUGGAUCCUUCACCGAAAGCAAUGAUCAGGCUUCUUUUGCCUCGGUUGCCAUUGAUAUUGAAAACCGCCUUAUUCAACGCGUUGUCAAUAUCUGAGAAUUCUGCCAAGCAGCAUCUGACCACCGAGGUUGCUGUGGUCGUGCUGCGAUCCAUCAUGAAUAUGAGGAGGCCCGUGAGGUUCUUGCAGAGGGUCUCGACAAGAGAUCCAGGUAUCAAAGGGCCCAUAUGGGUCUCAAAGGUCACUCUAGCCCCUCCGCUGGACAGGGAGGGUCCGCGCGAAGCUGUUUGUGCAGCAAUUGCAGAGCUCGGGAGCGGCAACGAGACUUAUACAACGCCCGACGUCGCUGCUGUUGAAGCCGAAUGGAACGGCUACAGAGAUGGGGUCUCCUCGACAGAACCGCGACCGGACCUACCAGAAGCUGAACAGUACAGAAAGAUGAUGAAAGAAGUAACCUCAGAUGUGACCAUUCUCUACUUCCAUGGCGGUGCCUAUUUCUUGAUGGACCCAGCGACCGUUCGCGACUCAACCUUACGACAAGCUAGGUUGACUCGAGGUAGAUGUUACUCGGUGCGCUAUCGACUGGCUCCUCAGUACCCUUUCCCAGCACAGCUGCUUGAUGCUUUGAUGUCGUACCUGUCUUUGCUAUCCCCUCCUCCUGGAGUGCCACAUAGCCCAGUUCCUGCAAGACACAUUGUGUUUGCCGGCGACUCUGCCGGGGCGAAUCUAGCAGCAGCCUUGCUCCUGCUCCUCCUUACUCUUCGGAGAAUGGGUUUGAAUACAAUUAGAUACCAUGGCGUCGAUGUUCCCGUCGAACUACCCGCUGGGGUAGCCCUGAAUUCUCCCUGGGUAGAUAUUACUCGAUCCUUACCUUCCAUCAACAAGAAUGCACACCUCGAUUACCUCGACCCUCCAACUGCUACCGGUGUGUCGAGACAUGAGCCAACCCCCGAUGUAGUAUGGCCGACAGAACCCCCGCGCGCCGAUAUGUUCUGCAACGCCUCUAUGUUGAUACAUCCAUUGACUUCUCCCUUGGCUGCUGCUGCCGAGCUCUGGAAGGGAAUGCCACCCGUUUUUAUGUGUCUGGGAAAUGAAGCGCUGGAAGAUGAAAUUCUGAUUCUUGCCCGCAGGAUGCAUCAGGGUGGUGGAGUCGUCGAAUUAGUCGGGUACGAGGGUAUGCCUCACUGUUUCGCAAUGAUAUUCCCUAGGUCUGUCUCUGGGUCGGACUGUUACCAGCGGUGGGGCACAUUUUGCUCUGAAGUCGUUCAAGGCCGAGGAACGAUUACCUCUCAAGCCAGCUGGGUGAAGGCGUUUUCUAAGCCCCUGGAGCCUAUCAAAACCCCGAUCGAGCAAAUCAGCAAUCUGAGUGAUCAUGAUGUUGCAGACGCCAUGGACAAGAUGCAACAACAUGCCCUUACGAGAGAAAAGGACGCCCUUCAGAAGUGGAAUGAGCGACAUACUAGAGCCCGACUCUGA